UAGUGCAUGGUAACGGAGCAGUGUGCUGAGAGAUGAAAACCAAAUCAUAGUCGUACAGAAAAUGUGUGUUGAAGUUUGUGCAGUCUCCCAUCAAAUGCGAUUACACGGCGGACAGUUUCCAGGUUAGCUCUUUCAGGGCAGUAGACAACUGCGCAUCGCUCUGCCACGCUCGUAUUUAUUUAUGACUGCAGAAAGGUAGACAGGGGAAGCGAAUGUUUUCAGGAUCCUUUAGAUCCUAAAUUAACAACUCGGAAAUGGCGUGCCAUAAAGCAAGGGUCAUUAAAAGCACCGCUAUACUGAUUUUUUGUCUUUUUUUAUUUUCGUUACUCAUUCUGCUUUGAAAUAAUGUAAUUCUUCAGUUUCAACCUCGGAUAAGUGAAAAGCGCGCACAAGACUGUCUUGAACAGGGGACAGUUGGCACGUAUUAUUGUCACAGUACAGCUCGGUUUUGUAAGAGCCACUGAUCUGAAUCAAUGUUGAUAUAUCUGGAGGCAAAUCACGGAUACCAUGUGUGCUCUGCACACAGCGUCAUGUCGGCAAAUGCUUAAUCCUGCAUUAUACAGGAUCGCUGCUUCAAGUGCUGGCUGCGCACGACAGAGAAAGCGGACAACCUGUUGACUUGAUCUGCGCAGACCUCGCCCUCCCUCCAUCCGAUUCGACCGACUCUGACGGGCUGCCAGCGGAGUUCAUUGGGAGCGGAGCUGUCUGCAAGCCUGGGUGCUGAAACACUGGUGCUGUUGAUAGCGCUGCGCGGGAAUAAGAGCUGUCCUGGGGUUUCUAGUUCUCUGACUGAGCACAGUUCCGAUUUUUUUCGGGGUCCCGGUGAGGUCGGCGCUACGCUCCACUGCUGUGUCCCGGGAAGGCGCUCGUCCGCAGCUGGGAGGACCGGAUACUUGUAGACGCGUAGUUUGAGUGGGACGUUUGAAAGCCGGCGAGAUGGCGUUCAUGGUGAAAUCCGUGGUCGGCGGUCAGCUGAAGAACCUGACGGGAGGCCUGGGAGGAGGCGAAGAGAAACAGGAAGGCGAGAAGUCUGAGGCGGCCGCCCAGGGAAUGACAAGGGAAGAGUUUGAAGAAUACCAAAGGCAGCUGGUGGAGGAAAAGAUGGAGCGGGAUGCUAAUUUUGCACAGAAGAAGGCAGAGCGUGCCACUGUGAGGACCCAUUUUAGGGAAAAGUACAGGCUUCCAAAGAGUGAACUGGAUGAAACUCAGAUCCAGCUGGCUGGGGAGGAGGUGGAGCUGCCGAAGGAGCUGGCCAAGAUGAUCGAGCAGGACAACGAGGAAGAGGAGGAGAAGGACUCGGUCAUCGGUCAUCUGGCCAACAUCCAGAACAUGGAUCUGGACCAGUUGAAAGACAAGGCCCAGGCUACACUGGAGGACCUCAAACAGACAGCAGAGAAGUGUAGUGUCAUGUGACCAGUCACUCAGAUCAAAUGUUUGCUCACACACUUCAGAUCACAAUGACAUGCAACUUGCGGGACAAUCAACAUACACAGACAAACGACUAAAGUCAAACACACUCAAACACACUUCAUAUCAAGAAAAGAAAGUAAUGCACAGACUGACAGUUUAAACAAAUGCAUGUCACAGACAAGCACACACACCACUGAUCUAACAGGCAAGAAUGCAGACAGACUCACGCAGACAAGUUCACAGGGAAAGCCAACAGGAUGAUAGACAAGGGUGACAAUACAGGAGCAAACAAGGUGCAAGAGGAAACCGUUUAGGAAGAUGUGCACGUCAAGUGUCAGAUACAGAAGAGAAAGCACACAGUCGCACCUGCACAGACAGACACAGAGCAAGGCAGGCCAUUUCAAAGGAAUUUAAUUCCUUCCCAACUAUUAUUUCUUAAUGUUUAAUAAAAAUUAAAGAAAACAAAUCUGGUAAAAACACUGUGCAGGCUCCCAGCUGGUUCAGCUGACAAAGGCGCUUGUUCAAGUAAACACUGAGGUUAAUGAUAAAUAUGUUCCAGGUGUGAACCAGGAUUGUGCCACCAGCAGACUCUCACCGUGGUCCCACAAAGCAAUUGGCUGAGUGCCCCCAAGAGUAGUGUGGCAUUAGUUUUCCAGAACUGUUUUGGCUCUCUUUUUUUCAAGCACUCAAGCACUCAAGAACAGAAGGCCAUGAAUGUCUCACUAGAAUGGAGAUCUGUUUGCAUACAGGACAGUCAUUUACAGUAAGUUCUUCAUUAUUAUGCAAAGAGAAAAGUGACACAAAUUCAAUACUUGAGCUCCUCUAGACUCUGUAACUCUGUCUUACACUGCCUACUAUCAUCUUUAAGACAGAUUAAACCCAGGCUUUGAUUGAUAUGCAACAUUUUCAUCCUCAAAUGCAACAGUUCUUUUUGUCAAUGGCUUCAUACCACCCUAUCACCAGGCAGAUUUCCUGUUGAAUUUAUUUCAGGAAUCCUACCAGUCUAGUGCUCUAGUUAAAAUUGAAUGAAGUGAAAACUACCUUUUUCUAAAUUGACCUUAUCAAGUACAUUAUUUCUUCUUUGUUGUAAUUUUAACAUUGCAUGUAAUUAAUUGAAGUCCUCAUUUCUAAAUGUUAAUUUACCAAAUUACCUCCACGAGACAGUUAAGAACUGGCUGCUAGGAUAUGUGAUUGGGGACUAAUUUUAGUGCUGCACAACUGCUAAGCGGAGGCAGGCGCGACAUCAAUAGCCUUCCCCUUGCUUCCCUUCCUUCAGCCCCUUGAAGCCGGCUUGCCAUGAGAAGUAAUUUGAUAGUUUGGAAAAUACCAACCUGACAGGACCAGUAAAAAAAUGAAGGGACAUUUACAGAUAAAACAAGAAAAGCAAUAGAAAACUUUAUUUUAAUGGUUUCAGAAGAAGUUUAUUUACAUGGAAAAACACACCACAAAACAGAAAUUUACUGUACAGUGUACAUGCUGCUGUCCACCCCUAUGCCUAGCUGUAAUCUAUUACUCUGUAUGCGUCUUUAGCUUGUAUUUCUUGUGCUCACUCUUACCCACCAUCCACAGCCUGGUUCACCCAUGGGGCUGAUCAAUAACUCUGAUUCUUCACUGGCCCCUCAGUACCCUCAUGCUGUACCUAUUACCUAUAAAAGCUACCCCUCGCCAAUAAUGCUGUACUGUGAUGGUAGCUGAAUAUUGUUUAACUGACAUGAAGUGUAAUGUGCUGUCUUUGAGAGUAUUGUUCUUAGAGUGAGAGCUUUUUCAAUCACUUUCUUGAAUAUUGGUAUUUGUUAACAUUAGACUGCUUACCUAGUCUGCCCCUUACUUUAAAGACAAGGCUGUAUUUCCCAAGACUCCUGUGGAUUCUUAGAGUAUAACAACCUUAGAACAUAUAAAACAUAGACAAUCAAGGUUCUUAUAUAGUAAGCAUGUUUAUCCAUGCUAUCCAUGACCUUUGAUUAAAUUCAAUUGUGUUCAUGUCAAAGACUUUUAUGUACACAGAGGAAAAUGUAUAGUUUCUGUAUCUAAAUUCUAACUGUGGAAAUUUCCCAGAAUUAUAAGAAUAACUGAGAUAAAAAAGAGUUAAUAAAACAUUUGUAGUAAUUAUUCACUGUUACCCCUCUUUCUGUAGUCUGUAACAGGAGCUAGUUUGAUCCCAUGUGAGCAUGUUGGAUGCACUGGGCUUAGCUGGUUGCUGUGGUAUCCGGUUUGUCCAGUAUAGCAGCAGUAUCGACUCCCGUGAAGGCUGGGUCUCUCCUGUGAAAUCUGUCUGCCUCCCCUGGCGUUCCCCAGUGGAUCCACUGGUGCCAGCGCUCCUUGGUCAAGCCCACUGGGUGGAGCCACGGGGACACACCCGAGUGUUACGCAAAUUCAGUCGAACCCAUUAGCAUCCUCGAGAGGGGUCACAGGGGCAAGGUGAGGACUGUCCAGUUUUCUGUGGUCUCCCUUACACAGAUGGAUUCCUGGAUCCACACAAGUACUACAGCGGUUUAGUUCAUCCAGCAGAGAGGACGCCAAGUGCAGAAAGGUGCAGAGUCUCAUAUCCCAAGCGGAUAAUAGCUCUGAACACCGUUCCCUGCUCCAAGACGUCAAACUCGAGUUUCAGAUUUCAGUUAGACACAUUCAUGAAUGUCUGCAUACAUUAAAGAUUCAUUGUAUAGUAACUGCUUUUGUGUUUUAUGGCAAUGAAAUAAGAAAUUCGUUUUGAAAAGAUCUGCAAAGUGCUGUAUCUUCAUGACAUUUGGAAUGAAAACUUGUCUGUGACUCAACGAGGCCUUUUUUGUAACCAAUCUGUUCUUUCUCCGGUCCGCCCUCCAGGGGUCAGUCCAUCAUUUUUUAAUUUACAGAAUUUAAAAUUUUUUUCAUGUUUGUUACAUAAUUAUUCAUUUAUAUGCAGGAAGAAAGCUAAGAGAAAUCCCCAGACGUAGGUGUGCAUCCCCAGAAAUGCUGCAAUUGGAAUUGAUGUACAGCUCUCCCUAGAAUUAUAACACUAACGGUCACUUGUAAUUCAUUCAGCUGUGAUGUCUGUACAUUACUUUUUAUUGUUCUUUAAACUGUAAACUGUAAAUGUCUCAUUUUAGAGUUAUUUGGAUGUUGAAGACAUUAUGAUGGAGUGUGUAAAAAUAAAAUGAUUUUUAAUACAUGCA